CACACUGUUCGUUUAACCGAAUUUCCAGUUACGGCCGUGUCAUUCCGAAGAUGCAAAGAUAAUCAAGGAUUCGCUUAAGCAUGCAUUCUCGAGGAUUUAAAGAGCGGGCAGUGUCUAGGUGGUUGUGCGUCAGAGUUCUCCUUUCCCUCCGUCAGCGUACGACUGGCUAUUUCAACAUCUUCUUGCCAUGAGCACUUCCAAGCACUCCGAAAAUGAUUCACGACAGGGCCCGCCAAACGAUGCCAUCGAGCUUGUUGAAGGAGGUCAACCGAACGAAGAUAUAGAGAACCGGUACACAACUCUCGCGUGGACCGGGGCUGCAAUAUCAGAGGGGCCAAUAUACUUCAAGUUGAACCCUUCGGAGUCGCCAGCUUCGUUUCGAGGGAGUGGAUAUCGCCUGCCCAUCAUCCCUCAUGCUGGUCUCAACGAACCCACUCCAAUACGUGCACAUCCUGAGCUCCCCCAAGUGCGACCCACUGAGACGGAUCCAAGACAUUUGGAAAGUGGGACCACGCUGGGGGGGAGUCAUGCGGCUCCGAAUCCAUCUAAUCCUUCCGACCCCUCUUCUAUCUGGCAGACCGUCGUUGAGCGUGCUACCUCCCAUGAUAACCAGUUGGCUGCAUUGUUCGCGGGCAUCCUCACAGCCUUCUUGAUUGAAUCUACCAAGCGGUUGGAGGGGAAUUAUCCGGAAGAAACGGUGGUAUUGUUGCGGCAGAUUGCGCAAAACCUAAACAAUACCCCAUCUGCUUAUGUCCCACCAGAACCGCGGAGAUCCGCUUCUACCCUGCUUCUUAUCAAUCGUCUAUGGUUCUCUUCUCUUUCCUUAACCCUUGGAUCUGCAGUCGGUGCUAUGGUCGUUAAACAAUGGCUAUAUGAGUACAGGAAGGAUUUAAAAUUUGAGUUCGGGGACCAUACAUCACAGGGACGGUACCAACGGGGGGCUCGCCUUCGUGAAUUCCGCUACAAUGGGCUUUUGAGGUGGUAUGUGCCAGAGAUCAUUGGGUUCUUUCCCAUUGCGCUACACGCUGCUUUACUGCUCUUCUGGGUGGGACUCAUUCAUUAUCUGUGGGAACUUGACCUCUAUACAUCCAUCCUCGUCCUUGUCACCGCCGGGACUGCCCUUGUGGCCUACAUUGUAUCCAUGAUCCUUCCUUCUAUAUUCACAGGGUGUCCCUAUAAGACGCCCGUCUCACAUCUUAUUUCCAACACAAAUCGUGCAAUUUGGAUCAUACUCAAUUGGUGGCCCAAACCCGAACCUACCGACCUAAGCGAGGGAAAGAAGAUAACGGCUCGGUUCCAGGAUGCCAUUCGUGUUCACCGAGUUCUAUGGGAAGAUGAGAAGGAGGAGGUAGAACGCCACGAAACCGAUUUAGCCAAGAAAUGCCUUGAACGCCUGAGAGCAUCUACGAUGAGCGAAACAAUUCUCGCCCUGAUCACGGAAGAACUUCAGAGACUCUCACACACCGCGCCACACCAUCCCGUAUCUAUUCCUCGGCAUGCCACCUACGAUAUCGCUUCAGGUGCCCGGUCUUAGGAAAAUGUAGUGGUAGUGGGAAUGGGAGCGCGGACGCAUUGAUACCCAACAGGUAUUGAUCUUGGAGUAGUAGCGACUUAGUGAUAUAGGGACAACUGCCGUGAACGGUGACAUUGGGA